ACACUGCGCAUGCGCGCGAGCUCCCGUCCGCCUGGCCGGUUAUCCGGAACUCCUCGUGAGCAGCCGGCGGUGGCGGUCGGAGAGGAGCGCUCGGAGCCCCGCGACUCAAUCUGAGGGAAUCGGCGAGUUUGUGGUCGAUCAGAGCCGGUCGGUGAGGGGAUUGGAUCAGAGUCGGUCAGCGAGGGGAUUGGAUCAGAGCCCGAGCCGCCGCGGAUUGCUGCUGCUGUGAGCGCGGACUGAUGGCGUGCGGAGCCACUCUGAAACGCUCCCUGGAGUUUGACCCGGUGAUGAAGCAGAACUCCCCGAAGAGGAGGCGCUGUGUCCCGGUGUCACCCCUCUCCUCAUCCUCAUCCUCCUCCUCCCCGCAGAAAUACCUGCGCCUCCAACCCUCACCUUUCGGACAGGUCAACACCACGCCCACUCCAGAGGAAAUUCUGCAGAACAUUAAACAGGAGUACAAACGCAUGAAGAGACGACACGUGGAGAGCACGUUCACAGACAUGGACACUCAGCCCAGCUCAUCCAUCACAGGUGUGUGUGCGGGCGCGUUGCCUCCCAGCAAAUGGGAACAGCCGUUGUUCAGUCUGAAGCAGGUGGGUUUGAUCUGUGAGCGUCUGCUGAAGGAACGAGAGGAGAAAGUGCGAGAGGAGUAUGAGGAAAUUCUCUCUACUAAACUCGCAGAACAAUAUGAUGCAUUUGUGAAGUUCACUCAUGAUCAGAUCAUGCACCGGUUUGGAGAGCAAGCUCCUAGCUAUGUGUCAUGAGUGUGUGUACAGCGUCUGAACUCCACCGCUGGUGUUGGGUUUCGUCAGGCCCUGCGCUUCCUGCUGUCUCCAGACUCCACGUCAGUGUAACAGUUUCCUGGAGCUGCCUGUGGUUCUGGUGUGUGUGUGUGUGUGUGUGUGUGUGUGUGUGUGUGUGUGUGUGUGUGUGCGCACAGUGGAAUGGCUGCUGUGAUUUUUCAUUUCCUCAUUGUUCGUAUUUAUUACGCUUCUUUUUUAUGCUUUAAAAAAAAAAAACCCUCAGUUUUAAUCUUUAGUUUUUUCCCCUGUCGUGUGUGUGUGUGUGUGUGUGUGUGUGAGAGAGGUUCUAUUUGCUGUGUUUUUCAGUGAACAACUCUUGGCUUUGUAAAAAUGUACUCAUGUAUAAAUCACUUGUAUAUUUUGAUUAAAGUUUCUUUUUUCAUUUUUAAAUUAUUUUUAUUUUCUCUGCUCAGCAUUAUAGUUUUAUAGCUGGUGUUUCGUAACACUUUACCUGACUCUUCUGUCGAGGUGACGUCUACAAAUAAACAGUUUACACAAAGAC